AUGCCAUCUCUCCCAGCCCGAUAUGGUCGCUGGGGACCAAUUCUGGCCCCGGUGGUCAUGAUCCUAUUGAUCCUCCAUAUGCUCCAUGCCAAUUUCGGCUCUAACACCAUGCGGGACAUGGUCGAACCCGCCCCAGGGCUAACAAUUGAUAAUCCCGACGAAGCCGAAACCCAGAUCCCAUCAUGUCCAACUCUUCUCGGAAUGGAAGACAUCCUCGUGGUUCUCAAAACCGGUAUCACAGAAGCGCGAGACAAAGUCCCCGUCCACCUGAGAACAACCCUCCGCUGCGUCCCGCACAAGAUAAUCGUCUCAGACUUCGAAGAAGCCAUCGCCGGCAUACAAACCCACGACGUCAUCCGCAACGUCUCCGACACCCUCAAACAAUCCAACCAAGACUUCGCUCUCUACAACCGCGCCCGCAGCGGUGGCCGCCAAGCUCUAACCUCGCAAGACCACACCAAAGUCACCAACGGCCCAUCCGGAAUGAAGGACAACCCAGGCUGGAAACUCGACAAGUGGAAGUUCCUGCCCAUGAUCCACACCGCGCGGCGCGCACAGCCAGACGCCAAAUGGUUCGUCUUCCUGGAAGCAGACACGUACCCGAUCUGGCCGAAUCUGCUCGGGUGGCUGGCCAACUUUGAUCCUGAGGACCGUCUGUAUCUAGGCAACCAGAUGCAGAUUGGGACGGCGCUGUUUGCGCAUGGCGGGUCGGGCUUUGUACUUUCUCAUGCUGCUAUUCAUGCUGUGGCUGAUUUCCAUCAGUUGCACACUGACGAGUGGGAUGAGAUCACAAACCGCGAAUGGGCGGGUGAUUGUGUGCUCGGCAUGGCGCUUGCGGCGGCUGGCGUCGGGCUUACUUGGUCUUGGCCUCAUGUUACCACUCAGUCGGUGUGGGAACAGGAUAUGUUGCAUGAGAACUACGGGAAGAAGCCUUGGUGUCAUGCGCCUUUUACCUUCCACCAUAUGACGCCUGCGGAUGUGGAUCGGUUUUGGGAGUUUGAGCAGCAGUGGUUCGAAAGGACCAACUCAAAUGUCCUUACCUACAGUGAUAUCUUCCGCAACCUCAUUCGCCCAACUCUGGCAGAUAACCUCGACAACUGGGACAACUUCGCCGACAUCGGCGAGGGAAAGGAAGAUUAUCAUGGUCCGACGACACCCGCCUCCAUCGUUGCGUGUGCGGACUACUGCGCUGCAGACCCGGAAUGCGUGCAGUACCGUCUCACCCCGGACUCCCGCUGCACAACGUCCAAGACGGUUUUGCGCGGUAAGCCCCGGCCGGGCAUGCGGUCUGGGACCAUGCUGUGGCGGGUUGAUGCUGCUGUGCAGCAUAUGGAGAAGUGUGAGGGGGCGAGAUGGGUGACUAGAUGA